UGCAAACAACAUUUUCAGUCUCCAAAAAUUUAUAUCAGUUUUAUAUUCAAAUAAAUCAAACAUUAUUGUGGACAUCCCACAUAUUGGUGACCCCGACAAAAGUUAAAUGACGGAAGAAGAAGCGGCAACACAGGUAACAGAAAAUGAGCAGCAUCGGGGACAAUGGGCAGAGCACGUCCAAACCCGCAACGUGAAAGUGGCAAAAGUUUCCAUCAGGAUCCCACCAUUCUGGCACGCAAAGCCACAACUGUGGAUUGCACAGGUCGAGUCGCAGUUCAUUGCAGCAGGCAUAACGAGCGACAAAACGAAGUACCACACCAAAUAAGCGACAUAAUUAUCAAUCCACCGAACAGUGAUUUGUAUUCCACGCUAAAAAAACGUAUAAUAACGCAAUUCGCGGAUUCGGAACAAAAUCGUGUAAAAAAGCUACUGCAAGAACAAGAGCUUGGUGAUAUGCGUCCAUCGAAGCUCCUGCGCGAAAUGCGAAGUUUACCCGGCAGCGAGGACAACGAUAAUAUAUUAAAGUCCAUUUUUAUGAGUCAGUUACCUUCCAACAUGCGACUAAUUAUUUCUAUCAGCAACGAACUGCUCGAUAAAGUUGCCCUGCUCGCGGACAAAAUAUGUGAGGUUAGCGACACGCUACACGUACACGCGGUCGAAACUCUAAACACAGCCACACGCAACCAAUCCGACAUCCAGCAGCAGUUAGCCGAAAUCUCAAAAGAGAUAGCCUCAAUAUAGGCGAACAUAAAUCGUCGGCCUAGAAGUCGCAGCAGAAACCGUCCUCCGUCACGUUCCGGCAUGCAAAACAACAAUUCGAAUGGUUUGUGCUGGUACCAUCUGCCUGGGUCGUAGCCCUUGCGCAAAAAAGUUAAAUUAAUCUUUCGAGACAAAAAAUCCGCAAUGAACUUUCUUAUCGACACGGGAGCGGAAAUCAGCGUAAUUCCACCGACGCAACAACAACGUAGAUGCCCGGACAAAAACAACUACCUCUACGCAGCAAACAGGCCCACUAUAAAAACUUACGGCGAAAAAACUAUGUUCCUCAAUCUGGGUCUACGUCGCCAAUAUUCCUGAAAUUUCAUCCUUGCCGACGUGUCACAAGCCAUCAUCGGAGCGGAUUUUCUAUCGCAUUUCGACUUAGUGGUCAAUCUACGACAACGUCACAAACACCAGCAGACUGUGUUUAAUAUCAACAAAUAAAAAGGUAGUUUCCAAUUUAUCUUACACUAAAAAUUAUCAUCCGUUCCAGGAUUUAUUGAGGGAAUUCGAAGACAUCACGAUGGAAAACUUUUCAGUCAAAAAACCACAACACUUUGUCACGCAUCAUAUCGUCACCAAAGGACUACCAGUCUUCUCUAAACCGAGACGCUUAUCUCCCGAGAAGUUAAAAGCCGCAAAAGCCGAGAUACAACUUUUGCUGAACGCAGGCAUCUGUCGCCCAUGGGCCAGCCCGCUGCACAUGACAAAGAAGAAAAACGGCGAGUGGAAGCCUUGUAGAGAUUUCAGGCGACUAAACAUCGUCACCGAACUUGACAGGUUUCAAAAUAAACAGCAGUGGAAUUUCGACCCCAGAAGAAUGAGUUCAACCUACCUUUGAGAGCAUGUGAUUUACGACGCUUUCUCGGUAUGGUAAACUUUUUCCGCAGAUUUUUGCCCUGCGCCGCAGAAAGGCAAAUGACGUUACUCAACCUCAUAAAAGGGCCAAGAAAAACGACACAUCGCCAGUUGAUUGGACAGUUGAAGCAAAGGAGGCAUUUCAACAAUGCAAAAAUGACUUAUGCAAAGCUACUUUACUCGCUUACCCAAAACCCAGUGCGCAACUCAGUUUGACGGUGGAUGCAUUCCGAACGCCUUACCGAAACACAAAUUAGAUACAGCACUUACAAUCGUGAACUAUUAGCGGCAUACAAAGCAGUGAAAUAUUUUCAACAUAUGCUAGAAGGAAGAGAAUUUUUCAUCCUCACCGACCAGCAAAAGCUUGAAAAGGCAUCUCCGCGUCAAAUGCACCACUCGGAAUUUAUCGCACAAUUCACAACAGACAUUCGGUACAUCCCCGGAAGAGAAAACGUAGUAGCUGAUGCAAUGUCACGUAUUGACGCCAUACAUACUCCGAGCACCAUCGACUUCGCUAAACUUGCGGAGAGUCAAAAGUGGACUCAGAGCUCAAAAAGUUACAAGCUUCGAAUUCCCGCCUAUUAAUCAAACCUUUUACGAUUCCAGGCACCGCUAUAGACAUCUCUUGUGACGUUAGCACCAGCCAAGUACGACCGUACUUAACUCCUUCGUUUAAAACAGCUUUCGACUCCAUACAUAACAUGGCACACACCGGCGCCGCUAAAACAACAAAAUUGAUCGCAGAAAAAUUCGUGUGGCCGAAUCUCCGAAAAGAUUGCCGCUUAUGGUCCAGGCAGUGCAUCCCGUGUCAAAGAGCUAAAGUGCAGCGCCACAACAGGGCACCAUUGUCGACAUUCACGUUACCAGAGAAACGAUUUGACCAUAUAAAUAUGGAUAUCGUCGGACCAUUAUCACCUUGUAAGGUGAGGUAAGACCAUUGCUUUCAAUUUCUACAUACACUGGAUCGCUAGAUUUGGAGUACCGAGUAGAGUAACAACGGAUUAAGGUAGACAGUUUGAAUCUACACUAUUCCGAGAACUUUCCAGACUUUUAGGCAUUAAACGGGAUUAUCGAGCAACGGCACGUAUCAUUAAAAGUAGCGAUAAAAUGCUGCAUGACAAACAACUGGGUCGAAGUUCUCCCACUCAUCCUUCUAGGUUUUCGUUCCUCAUGGAGAGACGAUUUAAGAGUGACACCCGCAGAAAUGGUUUAUGGAAAUACACUUCGAUUACCUGGCCAAUUUUUUUCCGAAAAACAUACGCACAAUGUCAACGAAGGUGAGUUCGUCGAAAAUUUACGCAUACGCAUGCAGUCACUAAAGCCAUCACCAACUACAAAUAACUCACCGCACGUACCAUCAGUCUUCGAGCGCAACGACUCAAUUCGUCCACCUCUUCAACCACCAUACGAGGGACCAUUUCCCGUAAUCGAACGUGGCGACAAGUUUUUCAAAGUCAAAAUCUGAUAAAAGGACGUAAACAUUUCCAUCGACCGAUUAAAGUCAGCUUUCGUCGUCGAGGAUUACUAAACCUCGUCGAAUCAAACAAUCCAACACAAAGAGUACCAAACAAAUUCUGGUCGUCGAGUACGUUUUCCUUUUCCCGCAUAGGGGGGAGUGAUGUGGCAACCCCAAAGUAAUGUGACAGUCCGAAAGUAAUGCGGCAACCCUAAAGUGAUGUGGCAACCCCAAAUGCAACUCUGCAAAAGUAAGCUGUCAGAUUGACGAACCACCAUCUUCCUUUUUUGGCGCAUCAUCACGGCUGCAAGCACGUCUCAACAUUUUCAGUCUCCAAACCUUUGUAUCAGUUUUAUAUUCAAAUAAAUCAAACAUUAUUGUGGACGUCCCACAGUGUGUUCACGGUUUGUUACGCACAAACGAUUGACGACCAAUUCGAAGGACAUCAUUGUGACCGAUUAUAAUCGUUAUAUAUAUCUGUUGUUGGGAGAUGUAAAUAACAGACAUAAAUACUACCUAGAGAAAGUAUUUCGGCCUAAUUGUCCAAAAAACGACUUUCAAAAAAGUCAUCAAGACACGAUAAAAUUACUCCAAAAAUGUUGUGGAACUAUCAAGUAUUGCUGUAGUAAUGUUCUUCUGACUUUUAAUGUAAUUUUUACUUUCGGAUAUUAUCCAAAUUAACCCUGCGUAUUUUUACAGAACAAUAAGCUGCCUACACUCCUACUAUCAAAGACAUCUUUCCUUCAUGGAAUUGUAUUAGUAUUCCAACCUAUUCCGAUUUCGCGCAAAACAUGGCACUUUAGAGCAAGUAAAAACAAUUGCUAAAUUAGAACAAGUACAGAGAGUAUAGUUCAGUAAUAUUUCGUAAAGUAGCUCAGUCAUUCGUUAAGG